AAUCACAUUGUUAUCAACACACCAUCCAAGUUGAAUUUUGAAAAAAAUUUCAUGAAUUUGUUUUCCUAAUUAAAUACCAAUUAAAAUGAUGUUACGUGAUUAAUAGUGUACAUUCCAUGUUGUUAAUAGUUUCGUUCAUCAGUAAAGAAUAAGUAAAAUCCAUAACAAUGGGUAAAUUCGCGAAGAAGACCCCUUUUCAAAAGCGUAAAAAGGAGGAUAAAACUAAAACUAAAUUGAAAGUUUCUCAUAAAACAAUUCUUCCUAAAGGACAAAAUAUCACCAAUACAACGUUUAAAGUAAAAAAAAUUGUAGUCAAAGGCCAGCUGAAAGAACACCAGGAAGAAGUAGCCACCAAGAGUAAUCUCAACGUCAAAGAACUUAUAUCCAGAUUUCAUCAUCAUAACGCACCAUUGAGAAUUAAUGCAUUGAAUGGUUUAUGUGAAGUAGUUAAUGAUCAUACUGAUGCUGUAUUGAGUUUGAACUUGCCUGCUGUUUUACACGCUGCUUCUAACUUGAUACUUGAUAAAGAACAUGAAGUUCGAAGUGAAGCUAUUAAACUUUUGUCAACAGUGCUAUCGAAAGCCACUCAAACACAGUUGACGCCUUUAUUUGAAAUAAUUAUUAAAUACUUGGCAUGUGCGAUGAGUCAUAUCGAUGCAAAUAUCAGAGAAAGUUCUCUCACCAUGUUAGAUAUUCUAAUAUCUAAGUGCCCGAAUUUAACAGCUUCAUUAUGUCAGCCAGUCAUUCUACCUGCUUUCCUCGAUUUAAUAUCUACCAAAUUCAGCGAAUCUGACCGUAAAUUAACGUUACAAUUUAAUAAGAAAAUGACCACGAAUAUCUGGAGGAUCAAAGUUUUAGCUCGUUUGAGAUUGCUUUUAGAAGCUAUUGUAAACGUCCAGUCUCAAAGAAAAUCAGAGGAUAAUACACCUGAACAUUUCAAAAGAUUGAAAUGGAGUGAUACAAAGCCCACUUAUGCUUCCUUGUACUAUCGUCCUUUCGAUGCUCAGAAAAACAUAGAUUUAUCGAGAGUACCAUUCAAUCGAAAUUCGACUCAGAUCAAUGAGACUGACGAAAUUAAAAAUUACACCGGUACUUUGAUUCCUUUACUUGUUGAGAUAUUUAUUGAAGUUGCACCUCAGAAAAAAGGCCAACACACAGGACAACAUUUAAGCAACGACGGAGCCGUUUUACUGAAGUUCAUAACAGAUAUAUUACUACUUUUAUGGCGUAGAUUUGAAAUAUCCGAUUCUCCUUGUCAUUUGAAAAAAUGGUUUUGUGAUACGUUUUCUUCAUCGAUAGUAGAGCAUUUAAUUGAAGGAAGAUUCCCGUAUUCAUUAGCAGAAAAUUUUCAACGAAAUAAGCCACUGAGUAUUGCUGGGCUAUCAUCGGAUCAUUCUAAAUUCUUAAACGAUAAAAAUUGCAUGGAGUUGAACGCUAAUAUUUGUAACAUUUAUUUAUCAUUAUUCGAAUAUACAGAUGAUCAUCGAGAAUUGAAGAACGUCGUACGUUUUGUCAAUACCAAUCUCAAAACUUGCCGGCAACUGGAACGUGAAACUGUCGUAAAAUUGUUGCGCUGCGUGGAUUCCAUAUUCUGUAGUGACAUACAAUCGCAUAAAAAUAAAUUCGACGCUAUCAAUCUAGUUAAAAUUAUCAAAGAACUGUACGAAGAAAAUUCAUGUAAGCACGAUGCUCAAAGUUUGCAUAUUGCAGAAAAAACAUUCGUUUAUUUAUACAAAGUGGCCUUGAAUCAGAGAAAUAAUUCAUUGAUGAGAGAAUGUGGAAUAAACGAGUGGUUGGAAAGUUUACCGAAGUUAUUGACGGAGAAAAAAAUUCCAUAUCAAAAUGUAAAGUGCAUCUCGAAUAUUGCUCGCUGUGAUCUGUUAUCAUUUUCAGAUAGCCUGGAUGGAUACAUCGAGACAAUCUUAGAUAAUCUUCCUCGUAUCGAAAUCGUCACCGAAAAGAAAACAGAUCGAGCCGAAGGGAAAAAAUUAAUCGUAAAUUUACUCUAUUAUGUGAAAACAUGGGAUAAAGAGUUCGUGGAUGGUUUGAAAAAAGCUGUUCAAAAUGGAUUCUUCAGCAAUUUAACUAACCAUGUCAAAGAUAUAAUGGACACCAAGGUGAAUAACGUGUGAAAAAUAUCAGCUGUUAUUCUGUUGUAUGGCUUUACGUAGUGUUACGAAUUCCUAUGAAAGCUUUCACUACGAAUUGAUUAUGUUAUUCUUUGCAAUAAACUUUUUUUUUCUA